GGGGCGGGGUAAAAUUGCAGUAAACCAGGAUUUCCCUACACCAACCAAGAGAGAGAAGAGGGGUAAAUUAUAAUCCACCAAGUUUUCCACAGAGAAAGAGAGCAAGUGAAUUCCAAUUGACCAAGUUCUAGAGAGAGAGAAAUGGGUAAAUUGCAAUAAACCAAGUUUCAGAGAGAGAUGGGUAAAUUGCAAAAAACCAAGUUUUUGUCCACGCCCAACAACAAUGGUUGCACAUUAAUGCAAGGUGCGGGAACAGUGGGUGGUCAUCGCCUCAGCAUUCACUUUGAAAAAAACCCACUUCAUAUUUUUGCACCAAACCCCAUAAUUUCUGCAGAUUCUUGCUUCUAUUCGCCAAAUUCUUUCCUGUUUUUUUAUCAUUGUUUUUGUUCUUAUUAUGUGUCAAUGAUGGAUUUAUAAGCAACGCACAACCCAAAGGUACCUCUGGUUUCUCUCUCUAGUUUCAGAGAUUUUCUCUGGUUUUCUCUCUCUAGUUCUAAGAGGUUCGAAUGGGAAACAAUCUCAUAUGCAUACCCAGAAAAGAUGGGAAAGAUAUAAGAUCAGAGAGUAGAAAGAAAGUGAGAUCACAAAGGAAGAUGAGUGUUGAAGAGGAGUUGAUUCAUAGGCAAGCUCUGGCAAUGGCUUUUCACCAGCAUCAGUCUCAGUCUCAGAGGUUUGAUGGUUCGAUGUCUCGACGAAUAAGCAAACAGGGGGGUCCUGGGACCUCAAGUUCUCGACGCCGAAAUCUCUCAGAUUCCUUCUCUAAUGGAAAACUGUCCUCAGAUGUUCUAGAUAAUUUGGAAACAAAAAAAUUUGUUCUAGUUCAUGGAGAAGGGUUUGGAGCAUGGUGUUGGUACAAGUCGAUUUCUCUAUUGGAGGAGGCAGGAUUUCAUCCCAUUGCAUUAGAUCUUUCUGGGUCAGGAAUUGACCAUACAGACACAAAUGGUAUCACAACACUGGCAGAAUAUGCAAGUCCUUUGACUAAUUUUUUAAAGAGUCUCCCUGAAAAUGAGAAGGUUAUUGUUGUUGGUCACAGUUGUGCUGGGGCAUGCUUAUCAUAUGCUCUUGAGCAUUACCCGAAAAAAAUUUCAAAAGCAAUUUACUUAAGUGCCACAAUGGUCAGACAUGGGCAGCGGCCAUUUGAUGUGUUCACGGAUGAGUUGAUUUCUGCUGAGGUUUUUAUGAAGGAAUCACAACUUCUCAUGUAUGGUAAUGGCAAAGACAGAUCUCCAACGGGUCUCAAGCUUGAAAAAAACCAAAUCAACAAGCUAUAUUUCAAUCAGAGUCCAGCUAAGGAUGUUGCCUUAGCAGCUGUGUCCAUGCGCCCCAUACCAUUGAAACCUAUAAUGGAGAGCCUCUCUUUGACACCUGAAAAGUACGGGAAUGCACGCCGCUUCUAUGUGCAAACACUUGAGGACCGAGCUCUCUCAUCAGACAUUCAAGAGAAGUUAGUGAGAGAAAACCCACCAGAGGGUGUGUACAAGCUGAAGGGUAGUGAUCAUUGCCCCUUCUUCUCUAAGCCUCAGUCAUUACACAAGGUCCUACUCGAGAUUGCCCAACUACCUUAGUGUACAACUUUUCAUGUAAAUUAUUGCUUCAUUUCGAGAUACAAGUAAUAUGAGGGUAUUUUUGCCAUUUUUUGCAAUAAAUUUAUUUUGCUAUUUGUGGGA